AUGCCGACCGAAUCAACGUACCCGAGCAUAGAUAUCCCAGAUGUAGAUCUCUGGGCGUUCCUCUUUGAGAGAAAGGAUAGGGCUUUUGGUGAUGACAAAGUGAUCUACUUCGACCCAUAUACAAAGCGCUCAUACACGUAUGGGCAGGUCAAAGAUGCUGCGGCCAAUUUUGGCAAAGGAUUAAAGCACCUCUGGGACUGGCAAAAGGGCGAGGUGCUCUGUCUUUACACACCUAACUGCAUCGAUACACCUGCCAUCACGUGGGGAUGCCACUGGGCCGGUGGAAUCCUGUCUCCUGCCAAUCCCAACUACACCGUUGAAGAACUCGUCUUUCAGCUGAAGGACUCCGGUGCCAGGGCCAUUGUCACACAGCUACCUUUCAUCAAGAAUGCACAAGAGGCUGCAAAGCAAGUUGGGAUUCCGCUUGAUAAGGUCAUUGUCAUGGGCGACCAAAGGGAUCCAUUCCCAUAAA